CUUAUAAGUGCUGUAGACAUUGCGGCAGAUCGGCCCGGUCGACGGCUCCACGUGUCGGUCAUGAAGAUAAUAGCCUAUUUUACUCAUGACCAACACGAGUGGGUAUCCUUAGAGCCAGGCAGCUAGCCCGACCCGUCGAUACCAUCUUUCUCUCUGCGAUUGUUCAUCAUGCGGAUUGUGGACUGUACUCCCUCGAAGUCUCAAUCCUAUGGAAAUCACGGUCAGCAGCCCUACAGCUUAAGAGCGUUCAACGCACUUGCUGUGGGAGUGACAUGCUGUGUAGGCAAGCCUCACCAACUUGGACCAAUUGGAGCAAUUCCAUGAUUGGCGCCCAAUCUCAGCUGUACAGCGUUCGCACUCUGCUAACAUGGGUAAAGCUGUGGACCACAAGCUUGCGGUGAAGGCCCAGCUCUGGCAUGUCUAUGACUCUCUCCGGGACUACGAUGGAAGCCCUGACAAGGCUAUUGACUGUCCUCAGGCGGUUCAAACGCCUGCGAGGUCUUCUAUCUGUGUUCUCUUCCCUCUCGCGUCCUUUCUCACGCAGAAAUGCGGGAAACAGACCAGACUCCGACAACGAGGCGCCACGACCAUGCGCUACAUCCCUGCCCCACUCGGUCACGAACACCGCAGACAUUGUCUGCAAUGCCAGCGGAAUUUCCCCAUACGUGCCUCUGAGCCCGUAUAGAGCAUCGGCAGAGAUCGCUUCCCAUCGCUUCGAGGACCUGCCGCCGACGAUCAUCAUCGAGCAGCCCCUGCACACUUCAUCCCCACUGGAUCAUACUGCAUACCCAAGUAGCCCUGCUCCGUCCCCAAGUCCAAGCUCGGUAUCCACUGUCUACAGUCGUCCAUCUCAUGCGACAUCCCAUUCCUCAGUGGAUGUUCCGAGAGACACAAUGCAGAGGUCCUGCGAGAUGAAACGUCUGUCAUGUCCACAGAUUCCCAGCAACCAAGCGCCGUUCUUGUAUUUGGAUGCUACGGGCGGCUUCCCAUGUUCUACAAACGGCAGCGCGACCGAUGUUGACGAUCAUUUACAUGCUACCCAGAGUGACGAUCGGUCGGAGAUCGAUGAGCCUGAUCCUCUAGAUCUCUUCCAGCAUCGGAUCGUCCCGAUGACACCAGAAUCCGUGAAGCGUUAUGAGCGUGGGCUCAAAAUCCCACGCACAGAAUCCCAGUUCAUCAUUCCCCCGCUCACGAUGUCCCCUCCUGUUGAUGCACUCCCGGAAGGCUGGACAAGAUAUGUGCAUCCCGAAGGCGCCCAGUACUUCCAUCACGCGGAAAAGCGUGUCUACACUGACCUGAAUGUCUUCGAGCAAUCCAAGCUCGAGGAUAUCCAACGAUAUCUCGACACGAUCGUUGACGCGAUGAGAAUUCUUGACGUCGAACUGAUUGACGGCAUGGACCUUGUGCUGGACGACUACGUCUUCAAAGGUGAUUCCGAGGGCUGCCAGUAUUACGUGGUCAACCACGAGGAACGUUCUGUGUUUUGGCUGGAGGAGGUGGACAGCACCGAAAUAUUUGACAUUGGAGCGAAGGUGGACGGAAUGUCGUCUUCCUCGAUCCUCCGACUGGAACUGGAGGCGCAAUACUGGCGUCAUUGCGAACUGUAUCCACAUGCAAUGAAGACGACAACUGAGAUCGUUGACGAGCUGAGGGAUACUCUAGUCUAUUCUCGUGGUGAUCUUCUCACCUCGUCCAAUUCUACCGUGAGCUGGUCAAUCGAUGAGAUAUCCCAUUUCCAGAGCAUGGUCGAUAGCAUGACUCAAAAUAUAAGACCUGGGACUACUGCGAUCACUCAAACAUCUGGCAUCAACGCUACAAUCGCUCGGCUCAUGCACAUGUCUGUGCGUCAUCGCGUGUUCAACUUUCACGGAGAACCUGCGGCUCGACUGUGCUCGGAUCAAGCUGUGUAUGACCAGCAAAGAAAGCGGUCCUGGUUCAUCUCAAUCUUCUCUCCGCUGCUGUUCUUCGCCCCGCAUUUCCAUCUCGACGGUCUGGAGGUCCUAUAUACCGACGGGGUGAUCAGAGAGCAUGGCUGGACCCAGUUUAUCUCGCGAUUGUUGAAGGACUGGCAGGACUUUACGCUGAAUGCCACGGUGAUCCUGAAUGCAAAUGUCGCAUUCCUCGCCAUCCAGAGUGUGGACAAUGGGGGAUCCGCUGUCAGCAGCAGAACACCGACCCAAUUAGCCAGCUACUGCUCCAUAUUCACCAGCGUCGGUGCAAUCAUCUUCGGACUGCUGUUGGUGAAACAGAAUCGCAAUCGCAGCGGUGUCGGGAGCAUUAAAUCUGAGAGUUUCUUUUUCAAGUACAACCGCCGCAGACUCGGCAUGGAGACUCUGGCCGUCGUCUACUCUCUGCCUUAUGCUUUGCUCAUCUGGUCAAUGCUCGCAUUUCUGGCUGCGUUCCUCUCCAUGUGUUUCCGGAACACGAAUAGCCUCACUCGCGCAUUCGUCGCUGCGUUCGCGCUGCUCGUCGUCAGCUUCGGGAUCUUACAUCUUGCCGAUUCUCGCCGGGGCUCUAUCCUCACGCUCUCCAUCCCGAAGAUUUCCAUCCCGACGAUUAUAUGGCCUUCGUGGUCCCAGGCUGACGAGGAAUCUGCUGUAGAGCUAGGCUCGCUUCCACCCUCUACAGUAGUUUUAGCCGAGUCUCCUCCAAGUAUUCAGAGCCACACUGUGGAGCUGGAGGCGCCCAACAAGCGUCGGCGGCCAUGGCUGUCUCUCCUUGUGCGCAAGGAUUCUGUGGAACCUGAGAGAUCUGAUGUAUAGAUUAUGUGUCUCUCCCAUCGUAGGUAGUCUUAUCAUAGGUAUGUAUCAUAGUCGUAUGGAUGGAUGGAUGGAUAUUAAUGUAUGUAUUUUAUCAUUGUACUUG